AGCAACCAAAUUAUAUACACAUAGUCACAUACCCGGACACAGCUCUCUCCCACAAAAAAAAGAAAAAAAAGAAAAAAAAAGAUUUUGAUAUCCAAAAAUUUCCAAUCUAAAAAAUUCUAACUGUAUAUAAUCCCAGAAUCGUAUCUUUGGUCAUCUCCUUCUUCUUUCCCACUGAUUUCCUUUUUCAAUUCUUUUUUUUUUUGGUGGGUUAUUUUCAAUCAGUUCAUCUUCAUUUCUGAAAGAAAAGGAGAGUUCAGUUGUCCCUCAAGAGCCAAGCAAAUGGUAGGCUGUCGGAUCAUCAUCAAGAAUAGGUCGACCUCGGAUUGGCUUAGCACGCUGCUCCAUCGAGAGUUCUUCAGUUCGUGCUUCGUUCACAAGUACUUGAGGAAGAAUGAGCAGAAUCUGUUCUGCAUCGACUGUAAGCUUGGCCUAUGCAGGCACUGCUUGAAUGUUCACAGCCUCCACCGCCGCCUUCAGAUCUGCAAGUACGUCUAUCAGGACGUUGUCCGUCUCCAAGAGAUGCAGAAAUACCUCGACUGCUCCAAAAUUCAGACGUACAAGAUCAACGGUGAAAAAGCAGUGCAUCUAAAUCCUCGGCCACAAUCGAAGGACACAAAACCGUCCACAAAAUCGAAGAACGGAGGCACCUGCGAAGCCUGCAGAAGAUACUUGCAGGAUCCUCCGAAUCGCUUCUGCUCAAUUGCUUGCAAAGUCUCAGUUGAACCAGCACUAAAGCCUGAAGACACGAUCAGCCGCAGCAGUUUCAUCACAAUCCCGAUUGAGGAAUUCACCGAUCUCUCCCUGAAGGAGAGUGGCGAUUCCAUAAACAGCACCGAUGACAAGGAGUCGACUAGCUCAUUGGCAGAGUCAUCGGAUGAUGUCCAGUUGUUGGUCAGCUCGGCAUUGAAGCCGAGAAGGCGGCUGCACAAGAGGAAGGGCCUCCCCUGCAGGGCUCCCCUGCUUUGAGCUAUUCUCAUCUCGGAAUAUAGUAACGGGUUAUGUUGCGGAAAUACGCUGUUAAACUAUAAUAAUAAUGAUGAUGAUAAUGAUAAUGAUAAUAAAGCGCCGUGGAGGAAUCGGGUCACUCUCAAUCUCGGCUAUCGAUCACCUUGUGAAUUCAUUAGUUGGAUUAGUUGGAAAAAGUUGAUUGAUUGAGUCCUGAGAGCAUUGAAGAAGAAUGGAGCAAAAUUUUCUUGGAGUUGUACAGCAGAAAGGGAAGGGAAAAAGGAAGUGCUUUUUUUUUUUCUUUGCUGAAUGGGAAAAGGGAAGUGCUAAUGGAUGGAAAAUGGAGGUAUGGAUUUUCUAUUUUAUUUUUAUUUUUAUAUUUUACUAUAUAUUAAUUUUUCCUUUUUUUUCUUUUGAAUCCAAGUGGAAUUUUGUAUUGGAUUGGGAUAUAUAAUUGUUCAUGGGCUAUAAUAACAUGAUGAGCUGCUUUAAUAAUUUUUCUA